AUGGCCACCGCAGAACAGAAGAAGUUCGUCUCCCAGAUCGACGCCAACAAGGCUGCCCUCAUCGACCGUCUCGCCGAGGCCGUCUCGAUCCCCUCGGUCUCUGGUGAUGCUGCCUACCGCAAAGCAUGCUUCGACAUGGCCGACUGGCUCCUGGCUGAGCUCAAGAAGCUCGGUGCUACCGCCGAGCUCAAGCCUCUAGGCAAGCAGACGCUCGAGGGCAAGGAGAUCGACCUGCCACCCGUCAUUCUCGGCGACCUGGGCAAGGACCCCAAGAAGAAGACCAUCCUCGUCUACGGCCACUUUGACGUUCAGCCCGCUCUCAAGUCCGACGGUUGGGACACCGAGCCUUUCAAGCUGAUCACCGACGAGAAGACCGGUCGCAUGUACGGUCGCGGCUCUACCGACGACAAGGGUCCCAUUCUCGGCUGGCUCAACGCCAUCGAGGCUCACCAGCAGGCCGGCCUCGACUUGCCCGUCAACCUCAAGUUCUGCUUCGAGGGUAUGGAAGAGAGUGGCUCGGUCGGUCUCGACGAGCUUAUCGCCGCUGAGAAGGACACUUUCUUCCAGGGCGUCGACGCUGUUUGCAUCUCGGACAACUACUGGCUCGGCACCAAGAAGCCUUGCCUCACCCACGGUCUUCGAGGUAUCGCCUACUUCAAGCUCGCCAUCUCGGGCCCCGCUCGCGACCUCCAUUCUGGUGUCUUUGGCGGUGUUGUGCACGAGCCCAUGACCGACCUCUUCACCAUCAUGUCCAAGCUCGUCACUGCCAAGGGCGAGAUCCUGAUCCCCGGCAUCAAGGAGCUCGUUGCCCCUCUGACCGAUGAGGAGGCCAAGCGAUACGAUGUCAUGGACUUUGUUCUCAGCGACAUCGAGGGCGCUACCGGCAGCAAGACGACUGUCAGCAACGACAAGGCCGCCGUGCUCAUGGGUCGCAUGCGAUACCCCUGUCUCUCGCUCCACGGUAUCGAGGGUGCCUUCUCCGAGCCCGGCACCAAGACUGUCAUCCCCGCCAAGGUGGUCGGCAAGUUCUCGCUCCGUCUCGUGCCCGACAUGACCCCCGACAAGGUCAAGGAGCUGGUGGAGAAGUACAUCAACGACGAGUUUGCCAAGAUUGGCAGCAAGAACACCAUGACGCUCACCGCCGAGCACGGUGGCAAGCCGUGGCUCGCCGACCCCAACCACUGGAACUACGAGGCGGCCAUCAAGGCUACUGAGACCAUCUACGGCGUCAAGCCUGAUCUCACUCGUGAGGGUGGUUCCAUUCCUGUUACGCUCACGUUUGCCGACCUGCUGCAGAAGAACGUGCUGCUGCUGCCGAUGGGCAGGAGCGACGACGGCGCGCACUCGAUCAACGAGAAGCUCGACAUCUCCAACUAUAUCGAGGGCACCAAGCUGCUCGGUCUCUACCUGCACGAGGUGGCCGCUACUGCUUAA